UUUAUCUUAAUCUGAGAUCGUCCCAUUACCGUGAUCAAAGUACAAGAACGGAUUUUUAAUGUCCAGUACCUAGUCCAAUGGCGAAUACAUACAUCAUUUUAGGAGGCAUCACAAUUUAUUUAGUGAUUUUAGUCCAGCUGACUGCCUGUUACACAAUCACUGAAGGAUCAAACUACUACAGAUAUUGUUCAUCCGGGUACUAUCUGCGGAUCACAUCUGCGAGAUGGUAUUGUAGCAACGACUCCUGGACAGUUACAAAUCUUGUGAAUUCCAAAUGUAAUUAUAACACCGCAUGUACUCUGUAUGCAACCAGCAGUUGGCUAGGAGGCGACCCUUGUCCUGGAGUUACUACAUAUUUGUACUGGGCCGACGGGUGUUACUCUAUUUGGGGAAAUUGGGGAUCAUGGUCUUGUCCAGGAGAUUGUACCACCCAAACCCUUUACCGGUACAGGGCCUGUGUUAAACCAAAUGGAGGGUGUGGAUCUGCCCCUGCGCAAAAUAUCGCGUGUAAAAGACUCGGAUGUGCCUCAUCGUCGGACAUCAGCAGAACUACACCCAAUGACCAGGUGUACUACAGUCUGACCACCGACUGUUUCGUCGCCACUGGAAGGACGUCCGUCGCCUUUAGAGUGAGAGCAAGCAAUGACGCCCAUAUUGCAUUAGGUAGUGUAGACAAUGCAACCAGCGGUACCCAUUAUGAAAUCAUCAUAGGUGGCUGGACCGACACGCAGUCUGCAAUUAGAUUUGCCAUUGGCGGAACUGCCUGUGUUUAUAAUUCUGGUUCCCGCCUGUCUGGAAUUUAUUUUGACGAAUUUUGGUUUACGUGGACCGGAAAUUACGUCCGUGUAGGCACUGGGAGCUCACCCGGAAGUAACACUUUCAUGAGCUGCUAUCAUUCAACACCAUACACUGUCAACUUUAUUUGGAUAAAAACGGGAUGGGGAUCAACAGGAGAAUGGAGGUUUCCUAAUGAUGUGGCAUGCACACACUUGACUAAUUCCUAUGUCAGCAUUUCCACUAACAAUCCCUCUUGCAACGGAGUAAGUACCUACGCAUGUAAUUCUGGAUACAAGCAGGUCGCAGGAAACACACAACGUACAUGCGGCUAUGGUGAUACCAUGUCUGGAUAUCCACUUGUUUGCGCUGUUUCAACAUGUAACAUCGACAUAGUGUUCAUCAUUGAAGCUUCGUAUUACACAUCGUCGAUUUAUUCAUCUUUAAUGACAGUUAUAGGCGAUUUGGCAGGAAGUCUGAAAAUUUCAACGAGUGCUAUUUUAGCUGGAGUCGUAACAUAUGACAACAUUGUGGACCUCGAGAUCGAACUCAAUGACUACUACUCCGCUUCGACACUUAAAAGCUCUAUUUCUUCUUUAUCAAUAGCAAGCGCCUCAACUUCCAGAAACCUGGCUGAAGCUCUACGAGUUGGAUUUUACGACUUCUUCACUAUGUCCAAAGGAAACAGAUUCACAGCUUUCAGACACUAUGUUUUGAUAGCGAAAACAACACAGUCAGGAGCAACAUAUGCCAAUAAAUUCAAACUGAACCCAAGAAAUCAAUUCUUUACUAUUGGUAUUUCUCCAGCUGCCUCAUUAAUUACUGAAUUGAAAAAUAUCGCCGGUGACAAUAGCAGAUAUUUUCAAAUUAGUUCUCCAGAAGAUUUGUAUCCUCAAUUCAACACUCUCCUCCAGAAAAUUGCCGUCUGUCCUGCCGUCACGAUUGUACCAGUGACGGUUGGCUGUAAGCUCGAUAUUGUGUUUAUAGCAGAAAGAUACAACUUGCGAUAUAUCAAAAGGUUUGUAGCGGAGUUUACGGACAGCAUAACUAUUUCAAGUAAUGGAGUUAGAGUUGGUAUGGUUUUAUUUGAUUCUGUGGGGUCAACUGUAUUCAAACUAAACACCUAUACCUCCUCGGCCUCUGUUCGAAAUGCCAUUGAAUCGAUCUCGGAGACGGCUGGGUCCGGCCAUUUGGUGGACAAAGGAUUGAUUCAAGCUCGGGACGAUGUAUUUACGGCAGCUGGAGGUGACCGUACGGAUGCCAGCAACUACUACGUGUUUAUUGUGGGACCUUUCGCAAGUUAUCCGGAAUCUGUCGCAAAGGACAUCAGAAGUAGUGGAAGCAACUACGUCUUUGCCGUUCACAUUGGUAGCAGUUACCAGACCAAUUACCAGAAGGCCGUUGAUACAUGUGGAGACUACACCAAAUACACUCAUACGGAUUAUUAUAAUUACCUGGUUGAUAUAAAAGAUACUGUCCUUCAAAAAAUCACAUCAUGUGAGAGUGUAGACAUCACAACUCCAGGCUGCCCAUUAGACAUCGCUUUUAUCCUGGAGGAUACAAAUGUAAUUACUGCCACAGAAUUUAAUGAGAUGAAAAUUUUGAUCAAAAGUUUAGUUUCUCAUAUGUAUAUCGGAAACACGGGAGUUAAAGUAGGAGUUGUUACGUUUGCUGAUGGGGCCACCACUGCUUUCCCGUUGAAACAGUACUCUACAGCCAGUGGAAUCAUUACCGGAAUCACUAACAUUAACCAGGGAAGUAGUGCCUACAGCAGGGUCGGUCGUUACGUGGAUAAGGCCUUGAAACAUACCCAGAUGAACUUCUUUACCACAGGGAAUGGUGACCGUUUAAACGCCGCCAACUACUACAUCUUUCUGACUCAUGGACAUUCUGCUGGAACCAAAGCCGCUGCAUUUGGAUCUGCGAUCAGAUCCAUAGCCUCCAGUAAUAUUUUCAUUAUUGGCAUUGCUAUUUCUUCAACUUAUGACUCAGCAUUGCUUAGUAUUGUGGAUAACGACAAAUACCUGAAGGCCACCGACUUUUCUACGCUUGUAUGUAUGAACGAUCAGAUUAUUUCUAGUAUCACCCAAUGUCCAGCUUCAAUCACACCUGCUAGUUUGAUUACUCCAAGCUGCCAGCUAGAUAUUGUUUUUAUCAUGGAAAGAACAGAAUCUUCUUCUCACGAAAACUAUGUUUUCCUGAAAAGUUUCUUUGCCAAUAUUGCACAACAGUUGCAUGUAUCUACGAGUACUACACGGAUUGGUGUGGUUACGUACAACACACAUGCAAACACAACGAUCGCCCUUAACGCGUACAUGACGCCUACAGAUAUCAGCUACCAGAUUCUGAAGUUAUCGGAGGACACAGACCAGAGAUAUCUGAUAGACAACGCGUUGGUUCACACCAAGAACAACUUCUUCACAUCGGCCAAUGGAGACCGCCCGAGCGCUGCUAAUUAUUACGUGUUCGUCAUAGACGGAGUAAGAAGUGGCGCCUCUAUUCAGGGACAACACAUCGCCGACUCAUGGCCAAACACAGUUUUCGCAAUUGAUAUUAACAGUGGUUACGAGAAUGAAUAUAGAAGCACAGCCGGAGAUAAUAGUCGUUAUUUUUAUGCAUCGUCUUAUGCAAAUUUGUUCACCAUUGAGUCUGACGUCAUAACAGCCAUCACGCGAUGUCCUGUUUCACAACCAGUGACUACAACUGAUAGCUCCACCACGAAUGUUAAUGCUUCUGCCCCUUGCUUGAACAGUCUGAUCUAUCUUUAUCCAGAGGACCUAACAGAAGGAAACGACGGCGGAAAAGAUAUGAUGUACUUGAUGACGGAUUAUGUCUUUACAAUAAAAGGCUGCUCACUCAUCACCUCUUGGGAAUUUUCCCAUUGGAAAUCUGGAUAUAUUCAUUUCAUGGUCUGGAGGCCAAGUGGCAGUAAAUAUAAACUGUUGGGUUACAACAGUAUCUAUGUUUCAGGUAAAGAUACCACAACUUUCAAUGUGGAUGAAAAGGAUAGAAUAUUUGUUCUUGAAGGUGACCUUAUUGGAUGGCGGAGUGCGGGAGAUAACUUAAUCACGAGUGGAUCGUGUUUAGGACCAUGUGCGGAGGGAUACAAAGCGUCACCAAACAAUGUUCAAAUCGAAGAGGAGUUCGAUUGGACAAACUCGGGGACUUCAAUAGGUAGUACGGCAUAUGCUAUCAAAGCAUGCUUAGAGAACGCCUGUAUAAAAAUCCCUGUUGGGACAACCCGCAGUAGAUCGUGUUCGUUCGAGUACUAUCUCGAGGCCAUGCAUGCGAGAUGGUUCUGUAGCUCUUGGACAUACUCCAACUCAUUGACAGUGACAUCUACCGUGAAUUCCAAAUGUAACUAUCAGACUACCUGUAAUCUGCAAGCCACAACUAGUUGGCUGGGAGGAGACCCUUGCCCUGGACAUACAAAAUAUCUUGAAUGGAGGGAUACUUGCUACUCUUUUUGGGGAGACUGGGAACCAUGGUCUCCUUGUCCAGUAGACUGUAGCAAUCAAAUUCUUGUCCGGUACAGAGCUUGUGUGAAGCCCAGUGGGUCGUGCGGGACACCCCCAGCGGAGAAUAUUUCUUGUAAAAGACUCGGUUGUUACUCAUCGUCGGACAUCAGCAGAACUACCCCUGACAACCAGGUGUUCUACAGUAUGACGACCGACUGUUUCGUUGCCAUGGGAAGGGAGUCUGUCGCUUUUAGAGCAAGGGCAAACACUGACAUUCAUAUUGCCUUGGGUAGUGAAGAUAGCCCAUCGAGCGGUACCCAUUACGAAAUAAUUAUAGGUGGCUGGAACAACACGCAGUCUGCAAUUAGAUAUGGUAUUGGGGGAACUACCUGUGUUAGUGAAUCUGGAACACCCUUGUCCCAGUCUUAUUUUGACGAAUUUUGGUUUUCUUGGAACGGAUCAUACGUAUAUGUGGGCACCGGAAGCUCACCUGGAAAUGGAACUUUUAUGACCUGCUAUCAUUUAACACCAUACACUAUCAACUUUAUAUGGAUAAUGACUGGAUGGAACUCGUCAGGGGAAUGGAGGUUUCCUAAUGACGUUGCAUGUAGCCACGUAACUAAUUCCUAUGUGAGCAUUACCACUAACAACACUUCCUGCAAUGGAACAAGUACCUACGCAUGUAACUCUGGAUUCAAGCAGGUCGCAGGAAAUCUACAUCGCACUUGUGGAUUUGGAGGAAUUCUAACAGGAUAUCCGCUAGUCUGCUCUGUUUCAACAUGUAAAAUCGACCUAGUGUUCAUCGUUGAAGCUUCGGCCUACACUUCCUCAUUUCAUUCAACAUUAAUGACUGCUAUAGGCGAUCUCGCGGGAAGUCUGCGACUUUCAACGAGUGAUAUUUUAGCUGGAGUCAUUACUUAUGACGAUACUGUGGACCUAAACAUCGAACUCAAUGACUACUACUCCGCUUCGACACUGGAUAGCUCCAUUACAUCAAUACCAAUAUCAAACGCCGCAUCUACCGUAAACCUGGCUGAAGCUCUUCGAGUUGGAUUUUACGACUUCUUCACAUUAGCCAAAGGAAACAGAUUCACAGCUUUCAGACAUUUUGUUGUGAUUGCAAAAACGCAUUCUUUACAGACAGGAGCACCAGUGGCAGAUCAAAUCAGAAUAAACCUAAAGAAUCAACUUUUUUCUGUUGGUAUUUCUCCAUCCGCUUCGUUAAUUACGGACUUGAAAGCGAUCGCAGGUGACAACAGCAGCUACCUUGAAGUUAGUUCACCAGACGAUUUGUACUCUCAGUUCAACACUCUUCUACAGAAUAUUGCUGUUUGUUCCAAUAUAACAUUUGAACCAACUACGUUUGACUGUGAGCUUGAUAUAGUGUUCAUAGUAGAAAGAUACAACUUACGAUACACCAAAAGAUUUCUGGCGGAGUUAAUGGAAAAUAUAACUGUCUCAAGUACUGGCAUCAAAGUCGGUAUGGUUUUAUUUGAUUCUGGGGCGUCAACGGUAUUUAGGCUAGACACUCAUACUUCCUCUGAAUCUGUUCGAGGAGCCAUUGAAUCAAUCGUGGAGACGAAUAGCACUGACCAUUUGGUAGACAAAGGUUUGAUUCAUGCCCGGGACAGUGUGUUUACGGCCGCUAGAGGUGAUCGUAAGGAUGCCAGUAACUACUACGUAAUUAUUGUAGGACCUUUCGAAAGUUAUCCGGAAGCUGUAGCAAAAGAGAUAAGAAGUAGCGGAAGAAAUUACAUUUUUUCCGUUCAUAUUGGUAAUCAGUACCAGACCGAAUACCAGAAGGCCGUUGAUACCUGUGGAGACUACACCAAGUAUACAAAUGUAGAUUCUUACGAAAACCUGAUAAACAUUAAAAAUGAUGUUCUUCAAAAAAUCACAUCAUGUGAGAGCGUAAACGUCACUACCCAAGACUGUCAAUUAGACAUCGUUUUUAUAAUGGAGGAUACAGACGAACUAACUGUUAAAGACUUUAACGAUAUGAAAAGCUUUUUUGUAAGUUUGGUGUCCCGUAUGAUCAUCGGAGACACAGCAAUUAAGGUAGGGGUGGUGACUUACGCCGAUGGGGCCGCCACUGCUUUCCCGUUGAACCAAUACUCUACAGGCAAUGGAAUCAUUACCGGAAUCACUAACAUUAACCAGGGAAAUAUUGCAUACGACAGGGGCAGCCGUUACAUGGAUAAAGCCUUGAAGUAUACCCAGAUGAACUUCUUUACCACAGAAAAUGGUGAUCGUUCAAACGCUAGCAAUUACUACAUUCUUCUGACUCGUGGUCCGUCUGCUGGAAACAAAGCUGCUGCAUUUGGAUCAGCAAUCAGAUCUAUAGACUCCAGUAAUCUAUUCAUUGUUGGUGUGAACAUUUCCUCGAGUGUUGACUCAGAAUUUCUUGCUGCCGUGGACGACGCCAAAUACCUGAAAGCCGAAAACUUUUCUGUGCUUCAAUGUAUUAACGAUGUGGUCGUUCCCAAUAUCACUCAGUGUCCAGACAACAUAAAUGAUACUAGUCUAGUCACUUCAAAUUGCCAACUAGAUAUUGUAUUUAUAAUAGAAAGAACAGAAUCGUCUUCGCAUGAAAACUACGUGUUCCUGAAAAGUUUCUUCUCCAGAAUAGCACAGCAGUUGGACGUAUCCUCAAGCACUAUACGUAUUGGAGUCGUUACGUAUGACACAGAUGCGUACACAACAAUCACCCUGGACGCCUAUAUGACGCCUUCAGAUAUCAGCUAUCAGAUUCUAAAAUUACCUGAAGGCACAGGCAAAAGAAACAUGCUAGACACCGCUUUGGCUUAUACCAAAAACAAAUUCUUUACGGCGGCCAAUGGAGACCGUGCGAGCGCUGCUAAUUAUUACGUGUUAGCCAUAGACGGAGUAAGAAGUGGUGCAUCUAUCCAGGCGGAAUAUAUAAUGAAAGCAUGGCCAAACACUAUAUUUGCUAUUGAUAUUAACAGUGGUUAUGAGAAAGAGUAUAGAAGAACAGCGGGAGUCAAUAGCCGAUAUUUCCAUGCACCGUCUUAUGCAAAUUUAUCCGCCGUCGAGUCUGACGUCAUAGCAGCCAUCACGAAAUGUCCUGUGCCACAACCAGUGAUUACAACUGACGGUUCUCUCAUGUUUGCUGAUGUCUCUGCUCCCUGCCUAAACAGUCUCAUCUAUCUUUACCCGGAAGACCUAACAGAAGGAAAAGACGGCGGACAAAAUACGAUGUACUUGAUGACUGAUUUUGUGUAUACCAUAACAAGUUGUUCACGCAUCACUUCUUGGGAAUUCUCCCAUUGGAAAUCUGGAUACAUUGAUUUCAUGGUUUGGAGGCCAAGUGGUAGUAAAUAUAAACUGGUGGCGUACAACAGCAUUUAUGUUUCAGGUAAAAAUACCACAACAUACACGGUGGUUGAGUACGAGAGGAUUGCAGUUCUGGACGGUGAUCUCAUAGGAUGGCGAAGCAAGGGAGAUAACUUAGUUACAAGUGGACCGUGUUUAGGGCCAUGUGCAGAGGGAUACAAAGCGUCACCAAACAAUGUUCAAAUUGGAGAGGAGUUCGAUUGGACAAACUCGGGCACGUCAAUCGAUGGAACUGCAUAUGCUAUCAAAGCAUGCUUAGAGGACAAUAAAGCAAUAGCAUUUCCUACACCGACAAUCAGCGCUAAAAUACCUGACCACUUAGCUGUCGGAUCUUUUGUUACGUUACUGGAGCCAGACGGUGCAGACUACGCAGAGGUCGUUAAUUAUACCGCCUUGCUACACCCGUCCUAUCCAAAUUCUCUUGAGUUUUUCACUGUUGGUGAAACAUCGGGCCAAAUAACAGUGGCUAAAAGGAUGUUAAAAGCGAAAAUUUUGAAUGAAUAUGCCAUUCUUGUCAAAGCCAAAGAUUCCUGUAAUACAACUGCAACAGCAACAGUGUCUAUUGAAACUGUGAAUAUGCCGCCUGAGGUCCUUGGUAUGCCCAAUGUUAUAUCCAUAAAUGAGGAAACCGAGAGAGAUACAGUAUUGUAUACAACAAUUGUGGAAGAUCUUAGCGGGGAUGACGUUUGUUGCACACUAGAGGGCACCUUACCCAAGACGAAAAACUUCAUGGUUUUCGGCAAUGACACAGGAAUCCGUGUCAAUUAUUCAAUCAUGUCCAGCGAAUCACCUGCAUUUUCUUACAGACAAUAUAAUUCUUACAUUGUAAAGUUAUGUUGUGACGACGACGAAGACAAAUCAACAGGGGUACUUAUUGUCAACAUCAAGAAACCAAACAAAACUAAGACGUAUGAGCCGCCAGACUGGUUUAUGAUGUCAAUCGCAAUAUCCUGUGGGCCUAUUUUCCUCAUGGCUUUUAUGGCUUGCUUUGUGCUCAUUGGAACUAUGUUUAUUCCAGGUGAAGUAAAGAAAAGAUAAAUCAUCACUUUCAACAUUCAAUGAUUCAUUUAUCUAUAUUGAGAUUGACAUUUCUGUUUAUUUUAUAUGUUUUUUUGGAAUAUUUAUCUGGGUUUUUGUAAGGUUGCAGAGAUACAUUUGCUUAGUGUUUUAUGUACUUUUUAAAAAUUUGUUACGUUCAAACAAUUGCAAACGACAAAAAGACUAUAAAUAUUGCUGGAUCUGGGUUAAUCAAUUAUGAUAUGUCUUAUUUGAUCAAAUGUCAUCUACGUAUGGUCACGCUGUAAUUUUUCGUGUAUAGAUUUUACCUUAAUUUGAUUAAAUGAUAUAAUACUGUUUUGUUGAAGUUUUAUCAGAAUAAAUACUUAAAAAAAAUA